UCAGAUGAUAAAAAGAUAUUAUUUUUAAUUUAGCAUUUAGCAUUUAAAAUGGUAGUAGACGACCAAAUAAACAGUGAUUUUUGGCUUGAUUUUAAUAAAGUUAUCAAACAAACUAUUGUGCCUCGUUUCUCAGGUAACUCAGUGCGACCAUGUGUAGAAGAAGAUUAUAAAGACUACAAAAAUACAUUGUCAUCAAAUCUUGAUAAUGUUAUGUCAUUGUUAAGUAUUAUAUUGAAAAAUAAAAAUCAAUUGACAGUAGAAAAUAAUACGCAAUUAGUGACGGUCAUAACAAUUAUUGGAGAACAAAGUAGUAAAAAUGUGUGGAAUACAAGUGAAACAGUAGAAGUUUCCAAAUUGUUAUCUUUACUUGUAUGCAAAAUUUUUGAAAAAGAUAAUAUUUCGAAAGUAUUCGAUGAUAACAUUUUCCUGGCUGUGGUAAUGUCUUUAAGACCAAAACUGCUCAAAGAUACAUGGAAGUCUUACCCAGGUGCUGUUGUCUGCUACAAAUGGCUUCUGCAGAUAAUUGAAAAACCAUUUUUGAAAAGACACGUAGCAGAAGUUUUGCCUACUGCACUAGUAAUUUUUGAUGAUUAUGUGCAAGAAAAUCAAAUGAUAGGUCUAGAAUGUAUCGGUAUAAUAAUAGAUCACUGUCAAAAAAGCAAAAGCUUAAAAAAUUGUAAUUAUGACGAAGUGAUUUAUCAAGCCCUUAAAAAGGCUACUUCUAACAUAGAAACUAAUAUGAUCAUCACUUUGUACACACAAAUUGCAAAAUUACUUGAAAAUAUUUGUUACUGUGAAGGUAACAUAAAUAUGUUUGAAUGGAAUAAAAAGGAUGAUAUUUUAUAUAUUCUCUUUAGUCAAAUGGAACUGCAAUCUGAUAUAGAUUGCCGUUAUGCUUAUAUAGUGAGUUUGAGAGAACUUUUGAAUCACAGUAGUAUUGGUAAAUGGUCCGAACAUUUAACUAGAAUAUUGAGUGAAUAUUGUGAAGACAACAGAAACUUGAAAAUCACAAGUGCAUCACUUGAUCUUCUUUGCUGCAAUCAUAAAAACUCUGGUGAAGGAAGUAAAGAAAUUAUGGAAAAAACAAAGCAGUGUAUCAGUUUAUUAAACAAAUUGUGCCCUAAUCUUAGUAAAGAAAUAAUGGAAAAUGAUGUAAUCAAAUCUAUUAUUAAUGGAAAAUAAAUUGAAUCGCUAAAAUUUAUAU